CUAAAUUAAAACGCCUCAAACUGAUGAUGAAUAGAGUCAGAUCAGAUGCAAUGAAUAGACACCCGGAGUGUUGGAAAUCUUUUCCAUGCCGGUGCGUGUGUGUCAAUCCGGCCGGCCGGCCUGGUUGCUGAUUAGGAAUGGGCAGGCAGCGCACGGAAUCACCCGAUUCGCCAAUUCCAAAACAACAUUGCGGAGUCAGUCCCUUUCGCUCAUCCUUUUAAGCCCGCCGAUGCCGAUCUUCUUCGAGUCCAUCCAUCCAUCCAUCCAACGAGUCCAUCCAUCCAUCCAUCCAACGAACCCAUCUGGUCCAUCCUAUCCAUCUGCUUCAUCUUGUCCAUCCAUCCAUCCCUCCACAACAGCAACCACUGCCAGAACAGACCAACCAGCUACAAAAGUAAAUAUAGCAACACCACCACCACUACUACCACAAAACAAAGAACACCCCAAACCUAGUUAGUGAUCCAGAUCUGCUAUCUACCUAUCUACCCCACCAAACCGACCAACCAAACAACCAAACGACUAACCAGUA